AUGUCCAAACGACCGGCCGUCAAUGAGGAUGAACUCAAAUUUGUGGCGUUGGGCGGCGGUUCAGAGGUAGGACGGAGCUGCCACAUCAUUUCUUACAAGGGGAAAACCAUUAUGUUGGAUGCUGGAGUUCAUCCGGCGUAUUCUGGCAUGGCAUCGCUGCCGUUUUAUGAUGAGUACGAUCUCUCGACGAUCGAUGUGCUGCUUGUCAGCCAUUUUCACCUGGAUCAUGCGGCCUCUUUGCCAUAUGUGAUGCAACACACUGGAUUCAAGGGGCGAGUGUUUAUGACGCACCCUACAAAGGCCAUUUACCGGUGGCUGCUCAGUGAUUUCGUGAGGAUGGCUGCUGGAAGUGAUAGCAGCAAUUCCGACCUGUACUCGGACGAGGAUCUUAACGAGUCAUUUGACAGAAUUGAGGCUAUUGAUUUCUACUCCACAAUUGAUGUAAAAGGUAUCAAAUUCACAGCCUACCACGCCGGGCAUGUCCUGGGAGCUGCCAUGUACUUUAUUGAGAUUGGCGGCGUGAAAAUUAUGUUUACGGGCGACUACUCUCGCGAGGAAGAUCGGCAUCUGCAUUCUGCUGAGCUGCCACCCGAGCAGCCAGAUGUCCUUAUCUGCGAGUCGACGUUUGGAACAGGUAUCCAUCAGCCGCGCCUCGAGAAAGAGCAUCGCCUAGUAUCCUUGGUACAUUCUACACUCAAGAAGGGCGGCCGUUGUCUGCUACCAGUCUUUGCUUUGGGUCGUGCUCAGGAAUUGCUGCUCAUUCUAGACGAAUAUUGGGACCAUCACCAGGAUUUGCAGCCCAUCAACAUUUACUAUGCAUCUUCGCUGGCUCGUAAAUGUAUGGCGGUCUACCAAACGUUCAUCAACAUGAUGAAUGACUAUUUGAAACAACGGUUCCGCGAAAGUAAGGUAAACCCGUUCCAUUUCAAACAUGUGAAGUCAAUUCGAUCCCUCGACAAGUUCCAGGACAUUGGUCCCUGCGUGAUGCUUGCUAGUCCUGGCAUGCUUCAAAAUGGCAUUUCCCGACAGCUGCUCGAGCGAUGGGCACCUGAUCCUCGUAACACGCUGAUUAUGACUGGCUAUUCCGUCGAGGGCACCAUGGGCAAACAGAUUCUCAAUGAGCCCGAAGACAUUCCAUCUAUCGCCAAUAACGAGGUGCGAAUCCCUCGGCGAAUGACCGUAGAAGAAAUCUCGUUCGCUGCUCACGUUGAUUUCAAACAAAACUCUGAAUUUAUUGACAAAGUCGGAGCCAAAAACAUUAUUCUUGUUCAUGGAGAAACCUACAAUAUGGGGCGGCUUAAAUCUGCGCUGUUGUCUAAAUAUUCGCCUUUGAAAGGAACCGAGCAAGAAGUCAAAGUUUACAACCCACGCAAUUGCGUGGAGGUCGAACUCACUUUCCAGUCACAGAAGGUCGCCAAAACCGUCGGCAGGCUGGCUGCAAGUGAACCCAAACCUGGACAAGUUGUCAGCGGAGUUCUUGUGCAAAAGGAUUUCAAGCUAAAUCUCGUCUCUGCCUCAGAUCUUCGCGAGUACACGGGGCUAACAACGUCUACGAUUAUGGAGAAACAGGCAGUUGUUGUCGAUGCCGGGCCGGACUUGGUACGAUAUCAUCUUGCUCAAAUGUUUGGCUCGCUGGACGACAUCCCCGACGGGUUCAAAAUUAUGGACCAGGUCACGGUGACCUACAAAGACAAUGUAUAUACGGUUGAAUGGGCUGCCAGCACGAUGGGUGACUCGGUUGCUGAUGGCAUUCUGGCUGUUCUCAUGGGCGUUGACACUUCACGGGCUUCCGUCAAAAUGAGCACUAAACCCUGCGCACACGACGAAAAACCUGUGGAAAGCAUAGUGGAUAGCGACCGUAUUCGCCACAUUAACGCAUUUUUGAAGGCCCAAUUCGGUGACUGUCUCACGGUUGCCCAAGACGAAAAGACGGCCGCCAUCAAAAUCGACGACCUCGAGGCCACAGUAGACUACUCGGAUUUCUCUGUCACAAGCUCAAGUGGUCCGCUAAAACAGCGCGUGUCGCACAUUCUUCAGUUGGCUGCAACUAUCGCGGCGCCGCUGGCUUAA